AUGGAAAGAGGGCAAGGCGAGCACUACUCCACCACCGACACGCUGGGACGGACCAGCUUUCCUGGCCUCCGCUCUGAGCAGCCUGGGUCCUCCUCCGCCCUCCGGGAAGAACCGGGCCGGAGCCUCGGGGCAGCGCUGCGCUGGGCGGGCUGGCAGCGGCCUCAUUUCUCUCUGCUCUCCGUCUCUGACCGGUCUGCGCCCGUCUCCCGAGCGCCUUCUCCUUCUGCUGAGGCCGAGGCCGACGGGCAGCCCCGGUCUGUCCGGAGGGGCCCCGCACCAACCCCAGCGCUCAUAGCCCUGCCCACCAGGCCGAGCGGGGCCGGGCUCGAGGCCGGGGACUCGGUCAUUGCGGCGCGUGGGCUCACGCUCGCCCGGCCCGAGGCCACACCCAGCAGGCCCACUCAGCGCUGGGGAGAGGGUCGUCCGCCUGCUGGGAGCCACCCUGAAGGGCCGGCCCCGGGCCUGGAGCCCCUGGGAGCUUUGCUGAGGUUGGAGCUCGACCCCUCUCUGCCCAAGUGUGCGUCCAUCCGCUCUCUGCACAUCCGGGGCUGA